CUCUUGAUAACUGUAAUUAAUCCAAUAUCAUGGGGAAUUUGUCAACUAAAAGAAAACACGUUUCUCAAGUAUAUUCUGGACAUUCAGUUGCUCCAGGUUCUUGGGUUAUCCGAUUUUCAACUUCAAAUGCAACUUUCACUGAGAAGAAGGAUUUGUCUGGUCAUAAAUUGCCUUACAUAUAUUGGUCUUGUCCACACUGGAUCACAGAUGAUGAACUUUUUCGAAAGUUGAUGUUCAUGGUUUUGCAGGUGUACUUGCAAGGAGAUCAUUCAACCAUCAUUAAACUUGUAGAAGAACCAUUGUUCGCAGCUGAAUUGAUUGAUCAAUGCAACACAUUCUUGUUUUCGGGUGGACAGGACAUGGCUGAAUUGGAGAGAGAAUUACUGGAGAAUGCACACAAUAAUAUUUAUAUUAAUAUUAUUGAUGGACACCUUCAUUAUGUUGAUAUAUUGGUCCCAAAAUCCCUUGAUCUUCAUCACAAACUAAGGAAAUCUUUAAGUGUUGGUGUAUUUCACACUUCCCAAGAGGUCACAAGACAGAAAAGUAACAUUAGUACUACAUGUUUGAAGAAAAAAUGUGAAACUUCAAAUGUAAUGCCUUCUCUGCCUGCCCCUCUUAUGCCUUCAGCACCUUCUGAAGGUAGUUAUGAGACUGCCAAGAACCAAGGUGAUAGUUUAACCAUAGCUCAAGAUGGAUUGCCAAUCUCUAGUCAUGAAAGCCAAUCAGUGGAGGCAGCAGCACAGUGUUGUGAAUCUUUGAAAUGUAAAGAAAAUAACCAUUUAACACUUACAGAUGAUGAAAUACACACUUCAAGAGAUACAGAUGACAAAUCUCCUAACAAUACAAGCGAACAGUUAGAAAUCUUACCAAAUAUGUCAGUGCUUGACAACGGACAGAAUUCACGAAGCAAAAGAAUGAUAAGUGAUCAUGUAAGAAAUGAUGAAGAAACUGAUUUCCAGGAAACUUCUUGUACGACGCUGAGCCCUCCCAAAGACACUCAAGGUAAAAAAGAGGAAGAGCCAAAAGCAAUCCAGAAGUCUGGGACACCUACUAAGAAUGAAUUGGAACGCAAUGAGUGUAUUGUUACUCGAGAAGAUAAUAUUUCGUCUUCACAUGUAUGCAAAGCMGAUGCCCGUGCAAGUACAUUCGACAGUACAAAGGACAGAGAAAAGACUGAGAAACAAUCCUCUCCAUUUCUUCCAAUUUAUGGAUUCACAAGAAAACUUUUCGGCAAUCAUGAUAAAGGCUCGAGAAACAAUCAAAAGGCAAACAUUGAUCUUCAAUCGCAAAAUCAAGGCGUUAUUCCGUUUCAUGGCCUGUCACGUGGAAUUUUUAAACGUCGCUCUAACAGCGAAGGUGAACAGCAACCUGAAAUGUUUUUAAACAAGCGAAAACGGCACUGACCAUUAGGCAGCCAUUCCACGCAUUGCCUUCCUUGAAACGUGAAAGGAUUGUAUUUGUAAUAUAAAGAUACAAAGGCAAGACGCAGAGGAAGAGACGGCAAUUUAGGCCUGACUCACGGCUGUGAAGGKCGCUCACAACAGACCAAAUAUCACAUGCGAAAAAAACAAAAACAAAAAAGAAUGGGCAUUGAUUAAAAUAACCCGCCGAUCAAAAUGUCUCAAAGACUGAGCAAGAUUAAGUGGAAAAUAAAAAGACCUGGCGUUCGUGGUGAAGAGAUGCCUUCGGGCCUUUAAGGUGUCAGUGGUACUUAUUGUGGUGCGUGGGGGCACUUAGGCACCUUAGACAAGAACCUGGUACAGGCAAAUCGAGCUGAUUGAAGUGGAUAUCUUCGGACUGCUAUACUGGGGAUCGCCCACAUUCUGCGUUGAGUGUUAUAUCUCUUCUGAGGGAAAAUAGCUGUGGUAUAAUYUAAAUGAAAACCAGCCCAAAAGCAAAUCUGGAGAGGAACAUAAAUAUACCAAAAGAUAUUGCAUUUAACAUGAGUCUCAAGUUUACAUUUCAGUGAUAAUAACGUAUAGAAACACAUUUGGGAACUACACGGCAUGGYCUUCAAUCAAAAUCAGCAAAGAAUGAAUGCCAUUAUAGCUCUCGCACUUGAUGAGUUUAUUUGGCACAUUGCAUUUGUGAAUUAGAGCAAGAAUUUGCAAUCCAAGAAAAGCUUCAGGAUGUGGCGUCUCUGUUAAUCCUUAGGAUAAACUGUGUUGUUUAUUCAAAUAAUAWUGCCAUAUGUGGAAAUGGAAUUAUUGGUCGAUCGAUGACCGGAAGAAACCUAUAACAAUUGAAUUAAAGGUCUAUAUAUACAUGUAGGCUUUGYUAUCGAUUUGUUAAUGCGAAUAUAGCCAAGAAGGAACUUAUUGUCAAACAUGCAACAUUUUCAUGGUUAUAAACGGUCAAAGGCCGGGGUGGUCAGGSUGACAAGCCACCACCUCUUCGGGUUCACAAAAUCCGUAAAUGGAAAUAUURAAAUGAUAGUUGAUAAAUGAUCAAUUAAAUCUAAAUGCUACUCAUUA